AUGAUGGGAUGGGGAAGCCAAGAGCAAGGAUGGAGGAAAGGGCCAUGGACGCCCGAAGAAGACAAGUUGCUCAGCGAGUAUGUGGGCUUGCAUGGGGAAGGAAGAUGGAGCUCCGUUGGCCAAUCUGCCGGAUUGAAUAGGAGUGGCAAGAGUUGCAGGCUGAGGUGGGUGAACUAUCUCCGCCCGGGUCUCAAGAGAGGCCAAAUCACACCUCAAGAGGAGGGCAUCAUCAUUGAGCUCCAUUCUCUCUGGGGCAACAAAACCCACUUCAAGAAGAAGGACAAGUCCUCCCACAAACAAGAAAAGCGAAGCCGAAGAGCUCAACUUCUUAGGCAAAACUCGAAUCAUCAACAACCACAGCAGCAGCAGCAACAAGCACAAUCGGAGAUUAACCAUGAGAUGGGAAAUACGCCCUCAUCCCUCCAUUCAGAACCAAAUGGUCAUCAGGAGAAAGAGGCGGUACCCGUGCACGCCGCUGCCGAGGAUCAUUGCCUGCUGGCUCAUGAAGUCCCGUCCUGGUCGAACUUCGUCGGAGACCACGUGCUGUGGGGCGGGCUUUGGAACUUCGACGAUGCGCAGGGUCCGUUCGAUCAGCCAAGCAAUUGCAAUAAGAUGGCCAUGCAGAAUCAAGCCUCGAGUGCAGGGUUUUCUUGCGAUUUCCCUGGUGGAGGACACCACAUCUUCCAGGGAAAUGUUGUCGACUUUUAG